AUGGAAGAAAACAGAGUGAUGGUUUCUUCUCCAUUUGAACUGCACCUGGUGCACUUAGAUCUCAAGGGAGCCCCACCAAAGGUCUCAUACCUGGCAGAGGUAACACAAUGUUGGUCUAUGUAAAUCAGAGAGUUGAACCUCUGCUGAUGUUGAUUUGGUUGAAUUUAGUUGCAUCCAGUGAGUUUAGUUUUUCCACUGCCUUGUGCCAUGUAGUCUGAGUUGUAGGUUUAAUUGCAUUUCCGUCUUGUUCUCCAACAUGAAAAUAUUCAAUUGCUUCACCCCCUAAAGCAGGGGUAUUACAAACUGCCACUUCCUGAUAAUGCCUGCUGUGAAAACUAAGGUGUCUUACUGCAUAAUUUAAAAAAAAAUUAAAAAGAAAUAUUUAAAGAUGAGCAGUAACAGGCUUUAGUGGACUAGCCUAAGGAGACAUAGGGGGGAAAAGGAUCUAUUUUAUUCUAUGUCAUACAGAUUCUAGUGUUUCAGAUACGGCAAAAGGAUUGCAUUUAUUGAAGCAUUUUUACCCCAGCCAAAAAAAAGUUUCCAAGAAUGGCUUACAAGUGUCAGUGCUAAAGCAGUCCCUGCCUUCAGGCCUGUAAUCUAAAAGACAUGACAGGAAAGAAAAAGGGUUUGGAGCAGAGGAGCACGCUUGGAGCAGGGCUAUCUCUCACGCACGAGAGCAGGAAAUAACAAUAUAAGCAUUCCCUAGUUUUGUUAAUGUUUUACAAAACUAAAUUCCACACUAGCUGGAUAUUUCACAUGUUUUGUGCAACCAACAGAUCUUCCCAUUGUUCCAUGCCCUGGGUGCAAAUGGCAUUCUCCUUGAAUAUGAGGAUAUGUUCCCCUAUGAUGGGGAACUGAAACCACUUCAAGCAAAUGACGCAUACAGGUAAGGUAGAUAGUAAGGUUUUCUAAUUGCAGUUGGCUGCCCUGCACAUAAACCCCUGGACGAAUUUGCCUGUAAUUUGGCAUGUUUAACCUGCACUGAGACUGCUACUGUGCCUGUAAAUUUCACCCAUACCUCCCUCAAGGGGGAGGAGAGGAUCCAUAGCCAUUUUUUACAUUUCCCAAUUUUGGGGUGGGGAUAACAAAGCAGAUUUCAAUAUGCUAAACCUCAUCAGCCAGUUGGACCAAGUUGGGCUGUGUUCCAAAUUGGGAUCUUAACUGGAUCUUAACUGGUUAGUGAACAUCCUAUAUGUGUGUGUUUGUGUAUGUGGCGACCAUUUUGCACACAGCAGAUUGAUGUGCAACCUCUUUUUUGUCAUUUUUUGCCAUGGAACAGGGCGGAAUGGGCUUAUGUGCACAAUGACCCAGAACGCAACCCUCGCGCAAACAGGGAGUUGCAUGUGUAUAUAAAUAGUGAAAUUUUUAACAUGUUGAAAUAUACCAUUGCUAACAAAGUUGUUUUCCAUUGUUUUCUAGUUCCGCUGAGAUUAAAGAGAUUUUAAAGCUGGCAAAGUUACAUGAGCUAGAGGUUGUCCCUCUGGUCCAGACCUUUGGACAUAUGGAGGUAAAUGCCAGGAUUCAAGUCACACACACUUGAAUUUGAGGGGGGGUUGCUUUGGGUAAGGGGGGGAGUGGUUUGUUUUGCUAUCUGUAGUGCAGUAGCAACCAAUGCAGUGGAGCAGACUUGUGGGACACAAUCCAACUUUAGGUCGUGUGAUGGUACAGUAAAGGGCUUUUAUAAUGCCCUUGGUCCUAGGUUUUUCAACUGGGGCAUCUGUAAUCACUUGCAGAAGUCCUUUGCUUAUGUCUUUGGUCACCCUUUUUGCUUCAGUUUGGUGACCAUUGCUUCUCUUGCAGUUUGUCCUAAAGCACAAAGAAUUCUGUCACCUACGGGAAGUGGCAAUGUUCCCCAACACUCUGAAUCCCCAUAAAGAGGAAUCCCUGAAGCUGGUCAGCACAAUGAUAGAACAAGUGGUAGCGCUGCAUGAUGAUCUUCGAUGGUUUCACAUCGGCUGUGAUGAGGUAUAGUGUGGGACCUGGAGCUGGAAUCAUUUCCAAUACAUUUAAUGAUGUCUUCCUUGAUCCUGGACAUGCUGGGCUGUCAGAUUGUCUUAAUCACGAGAUAAACAUCAUCAUAGCAUGAUCCACAACCUCAGAUGCACAGAGGCUGAAAUUCUUUGGUUCUUAAGUGUGUGUUGUUGUUUUUGUGUGUGUGUGUGUGUGUGUUUAAAUCCUUACUAUUAGUUUUUAAUGUAUCAGGCCUUUAUAGCUUUGCAUACUGAACAUUUUUUUAGUAACUACUAUUUUAUAUUGUCAGGUGUUUUGUUAGAAGCAACACAUUAUAAUUUGGAAUAAAUCAUGCAGUGGAAUAAAUCAGGUUGGAAGAAUUUGGCUUCAGAAGCUGGUCCUUUUAUAUUCCGUUUUAUUAGGGCCUAUUGAAAUCUGUGGUAGAUGUGGUGGACUUGCUGAAAUGAAUGUUCACCCAUGAAUUAUCUUGGGUUUGUGUUUGUGCUUAUCACAUAGGAGAUAGCCACCCAAUCAUAUGUAUGUGCCAUUUUUGUUACAUCACUGUAGAUGCUGAAAAGGUGGUGUUUGCAGUGGCAUGCCAAAAGCUUUAUCUUGGGCAUAGCAGUGCAUUAUAAUCUUGCCACAGGUUGCAAGGCCAGCAUCCCAAAGAGUUCUUUAAGUUACUGCUGUGCACAAACCAGCUUGUAAAAGUCAACAGGAGCGCUAUUGCUCCUCUAUGCCUGUUUUAGCUCCAAAGAAAUGUUUAUAAAAAGGCUAGCUGGAAAAAUGUAGGCAGAGGGGGAGUUUACUGUGCUCUUUCCUCUUCUGCCUCUUGACUCUCAAACACCACCCAUUACUUUCUCUUAGCUGUAUCCCCCCUUUCCUUUCUGUUGUAUGGAGAAAAAGCAUACAAUUGCUAUGCGAAUACAACUCAAAAUGGCUCCCCUGGGGUGAUUGAUCCCCCCCCCAGUGCUUUGAAGCACAUAGCCCUCAUUCCACUUGCCUAGCAGGCAUGAAGACUUUCAGCAGGGAUGGCUGAAUGCACAGUAAGUGCUUCUAAAUAGUCUGGAGUGGGCAGUGAUCCGCUGUCAAGGGAAAACUGUUUUCAUUGGCAUAACUUUAGUAACUGCAUUGUGUGCUCCAGCCCAAAGUCUGUGAUAGCCAUCAGUGGAGCAGGACUAUCCUUGUGAGAGAACUGCCUGUAUUUCUACAUCAUAUUAAGCCAUAGAUCAAAACAAAGUGCAAACGAGCAGUUUGGUGGUUCAUAUUGUUGUGCAGUACUCAAUAUACAGUACCCUGCUCUUUAUUUUACUGUGCCACCAGGAAACAAGCCAGAGUCUGGCUUGUCGUGACGUCUACACUGAGGCUCAUGCUUUGUUUCUCUCCAAACAAACCACAAGUGGUAACUGGCCAUUUGCCCUCCUAGGUGGGUCAUAAGGAAAGGGUUAAAGGAGUGUGAAGUGAUUGGCCAGUGGGAACACAAGGGGAGGAGUUAGAGUUAGAGUUGGAGUUGUUGGGAAGUCAGUUGGGAGUUGGAGAAGGAAGAGGGAGGAUAAGUCUGUGGGUUGGGCUAGUUUGAUGUGAGAGAGUGAGAGAAACUGUUAGGAGGAGUCAGAUAGACAGUUGGGAUAAUCAGUUAGAAGUUAUUAGGAAGGUAUAGGCCAGUAAAGAAACUAAGAUUAAGAAACUGACAAGAAAAUUUAUCUGAAACCAUAAACUUGUUAAUGAUUAUAAAAUAAACUUGCUUAUUUGAUUUAAUGUUAACAACUGUCUGGACUCUGUGUGUACCCGAGAGAAACGGGUUGGUGACAGCGGGGAAGCAAUCACAGUAGUGGCACAGGGAUCAAUAGACCGUCAAACGUCCGGAGACCCUGUGUGAUCGCCACAGUAACCAUGGCAGUAUGCGUGUGCUUUGAGGGAAACAAACCACAAGCUCAGGUUUGGACAACAUGACAAGCCAGACUCCCGCUUGCUUCCUCCAUGGCACACUAGGAACUGGAAAUGGGAGAGGUCCAAGAGGGAACUUGACAACAGCUUACACCAUCGUGCUGCUUGUUGACAUCAAACCAUAGUUUGUUUUAAACUAUAGCUUAAUGCGACACAUGAAUCAGGCCAGUAACUAGUAUGUUGGUGGUGCUGAAAAAUAAAUGAAUUGCUAAAUGGCGCUUAUCAGAAUAGCAGUAAAUGAAGAAUGUAUUGGUUGGUGUCUCCAGGUGUAUUAUCUGGGUGAAGGAGAAGAGUCCAAACAGUGGCUGCAGGAAGAAGAAAAUACGAUAGAAAAACUGUGCCUGUCCCACAUGAAAGCUGUGGCCAGCCAUGUAGUCUCAGCCUACCCUACAGUGAAACCUAUUGUGUGGGAUGACAUGCUGAGGGGAAUGAGCGAGAAAACACUGAGAGGUAUGUUGUCGCCAGAAAGGGAGUCUCACAAAAAAAUUGAGCAACAUAAUUCAUUUCAGGCAGGUCAGAAUUCAUUGUGGUUUCAGAGUUAGCUUCAGAUGUAUUGAAAGGUAGACACCUUUAUUGGAGGAAGUGGAUACUUUCAAAUGCCACAAAGAAGCACUCUGAGCAUUUAAAAUAAAACACCCUAUAACCAGCUGGAACUCACCAGAACUGAGUUACAGCACCACUUUGGUGCAUACCGGCAGCCCUUAAGGUUGGGGCUGUGUGCUGGGAGUGAAGAAGAGAAGGAGGGUGUUCCCCUAAAAUUUCAAAGCUCAACAACUUUGGGUGGGUGCUCAGCAAGGAUAUACUUGCUGCAAUAUCCUCAUCCAGGACGUCCACAUAGAACUGUGCUGUAUUUGGGGGGAUCCAGAUCCUCAGAGAAACUUAAUAGGUUAAAAACACUAAGUGCAAAUACUAAUUUUAAAAAGCCGUGCCAGGUCAAAUUUCUGUGGUUUGAACUUUAAUUAUUCAUGGGAAAUGAAAAAUUCAAAAAGAUAUAGAACUUAUUUGCAUUAAAAUUAUAGGAUGUAAACCUGUUAAUGAUUAUAAUCAUCAAUGGAAAGAUUGUUUGAUGUUGAUGUUAAUUAAUUAUUUUCCAAAUAUAUACAUAUUAAAAUACUCCUGUUUAAAAUGGCAAGGAAGAACAGGAAAAUUUACAAUAGAAACUUAGCGUAGCCUAAUUAAAUAUAUCUGAAUAAGAUAUAAAUGUACCAAUAUUUCCAGUUUUUGUGUUGAAUCACAGGGAAAGUUUAAUAAUGAACUGUGGGAUUGGACCUCACUUACGGUCUUAUUGGUGUACUGCUUGUUCCGGGCUUUCUCUAUCAUUGGCCCACUACAUUAGGAGGGACUGAGAAUUCGAUACAUAUUUUUCUUAAGCCUUUGGGUUUUGUUUAGAAUUACCACCGACCAAUUUCCUUUGUACAAAUCUCUACACAAAUACAACUGAGAAAUACAAUCAGUCAUAUUUCUGUUUCUUUCCAGAGUCUGGGAUAGCACAGCUUGCAGAGCUGAUGAUCUGGGACUACUCCCCGGACCUUGAUGUGGAUAGUAAAGGUUUGCAUUGCUUUGUGACUUUGCUUGAAAAAGGGAAAUGCAAUCAGUCACUGUCUGAAGUAUAGAAUAACUCCUUCUCACAGUGGCCAGCCAGAUGCCUAUGGCAAGUCUGCAAGCAGAACCAGAGCAGAAUCAAGCGGUCUCCCCACUUGUGAGUCGCAGCAACUGGUACACAGAAGCAUAUGGCCUUUGACAGUGGAGGUAGAAUAUAACUAAUGUGCAUAGCUGUCAACUUUCAGAUUUGAAAAUAAGGGAUCAGCAGCCUCACAAAUAAGGGAUCAGCAGCCUUACCUAUCCCGGGGACAGUCUACGGGAUAUAACAAUCCGGGAUAGCAGCGGGAAGCAGUGGGAAACGGCCCUGGAAUAAGGAUAUUUCCCGCAAAAAAAGGGAAGGUUAACAGCUAUGCUAAUGUGGCUAGUGGCAAAGUUUAGGAAAACGUAACAGCAGACACUGGAAACAGGAAAUAAGCAAUGUUAAGUCUUUUAGUGAAUUGUCAAGGAAUGAGAAUGAACCUGUCUUCUUAUCUGAGGAGCAGCCAUCUUGAUUUAAAUGCCAAGACCAUACCAAAGUUGGGGUACUUUGGGGGGGGAGGAGUAAGGAAUGUUGAUUGGACAUUCUUAUGGGUACUUUGAAAAAAUGAAAGCGAUGUGGCAUGAAGUCACUCCAGUUUGUUCACGUGGAAUGUACUUAUCACAAGCUAUUUUUAUUCAUAUUCUGAAGACACAAUUUUGACAUCCAGCCAAGUGAUGUUUGACAUUCCUCCUCACUGGCUUAUUUCUUAUCCCGAAGACAGAGGAGCUUAGACAGUGCUAGUAGAUAUUCUUCAGUGCCCAGAAGGAAGGGGGGGUAAUAACAAAGCAGAAUUGUCCCAUUGAGACAAUAGCAUAGGACAUUUUUAUCAUUUUUAAUUUAGGUCAUUUGAUUUAUCUGUUUUAAACAUGAGCACACCAGAUAAAGUAAUGUGUGGACGAUAAUCCAUGUAUUACUUUCUUCAAUGUAAUUGAAAUCUGAGACUGGUUCAGCAUUGCCUCACAAUAAGUGGGUUGUGAGUAGUUUUAACUUUUUUAGCUAAUGAAGAGGCUGACGCUACGGAACAUACAUAAUCCUUAUACAGUGGUACCUCAGGUUAAGAACUUAAUUCGUUCUGGAGGUCUGUUCUUAACCUGACACUGUUGUUAACCUGAAGCACCACUUUAGCUAAUGGGGCCUCCUGCUUCCCUCUGCGCCGCCGCUGCAUGAUUUCUGUUCUCAUCCUGAAGCAAAGUUCUUAACCCGAGGUAAUAUUUCUGGGUUAGCGGAGUCUGUAACCUGAAGCGUAUGUAACCUGGAGCGUCUGUAACCCAAGGUACCACUGUAGAUCUGUGAGUCUUACUAGCAAAUGUAGCUGCAUUUAGGAACAUUGUCUUUUUUUAUCACGAGUCUACCAGUUUCUUCUUUCCACUUGGUACAAGUUGGACCCAGUCCUGUAUCCGCAGAAGAUUGUUCAUACACUGCCAUUGAACUGUGGACUUUCCUGUCUCUCCCUUUACUUCCAGCAACUCUCAUUAAAAAGUACCAGAAGUGUGACUUCUCAAAGCUGUGGUUUGCUAGUGCUUUUAAAGGGGCCACAGGAGUCAACCAGUGUCUGACCCUCAUUGGACACCACCUGAAAAACCAUGAGCAGUGGUUGAAAGUGGCUGAAAGCAGUCCUGCCGGUAUCAUCCAAGGAAUCAUCCUGACCGGUUGGCAAAGGUAAUGAAACUUUACACAAGGGGAUUAAGAGAGCUACAGCAUUAUGAGUACAUUGAACACCACAGAAUCUCUCCUCCUAAGGAGGAUUCUGAAGCCAAGAGUUGAACUUGGACAGAACACACUUUUUUUGAGACCAUAUAAAUUCUGAGGCGAAACCUUUAAAAUGCAGAAAUUUCAGAAACAGAAGGAGAGUCAUCAGCUUGUGGAUGAACUUUUCCUCUCACCAUUGGCCUCUGUUGUUUCUGCUUCCCACCCCAUUGUGGAUCCUGCCUUACAUUUUCUUUUCUGUUUUUUGCCCCAACUCCUUCCCCACCUUCUUCAAAUUAACUAAAGUCCCAGACUUCCUUUUUCAUUUCAUCGUUUCAUCCUAAAAGAAUAAACUGUUCUGCAAGAGGAACAGAUCAUAUGACUCAAAUUCAGUUUAUAUACAGGUGCAGCAUUUACUCAAACUGCUGAUGUUUUCAAUGCAGUUAUAUUCCUUACAUUCUGUGGGCUCCAUAGAUUGGUCUUAAUAAAGUUCCUAAAGUCUCUGGGGCGACUGCAGAUGGCUGCACCGCUUCAGUCCCUUGUUUAUAUUUCCUCUCACUGAAUCGCUCUGCAUUUUCUUCUCUAGGUAUGACCACUUCUCUGUUCUGUGCGAGCUUCUGCCUGUAGGAAUCCCAUCAUUAGCCGUAUGUCUCCAGGCACUAAAGAACGGUAUAGAAUUACUCUUUCCUCAGUCAGAUCUAAACCAUGUGCACAGGAUCCUGAAAACACUGCAAGAUUAUUAGCAUCAGAACUUGUACAUUCCUUUGGAAUAGCUGCUUAACUUAAAUUCAUUUUUUCCCUUAAUUGCCCAGGAAUAUAUUAGAGCUACACUAUAGAAUGGGUAGCCAAGUUCCUUUACUUCAUACAUUGUCUCAUGUUGUGAUUAACAAGAACCUGUGAGGUAUUCUUUUUUCAGUGGCAAAGGUGAUUUGCCCUGAAGGAGUCCAGGACUCUUCAUGACCUUCAGCCUUUCACAUCUGAUAUCAAUACUGGUUUCUAGAUAAUAAUAGUUGCUAAGACCAGUCAAGCAUACUUCAUGACUAAUGCCCAUACAUAACAGUAUUAAAUAGUUAUAACAGUUCCUUAUAUUUGUGUCCGUUCCUCACCCACCUCCCCUCCUCUGCAAGCUAUAAUCUCUCUGUCUAUUAGAGAUUCCAUAAAACACGGCUGGUUCACCUAAGGCAGAGGUGGGAAAUGUCAGGCUUGCAGACUAACUUGUCAGGACUUUCCUCUGAGAAAACUUUUUGAGUCACAAGCGCCAGGCUAUGAGUGAGUUGCCACAAGGUGGCAACAUCGGAUAGUACAGGCCAAAGGAAAAGCUUCAGAAGGUGCCAUGCUGGGCGGAAGUUUUGUGUUCCCCAGUUCCAUCAGCUUUAUUGCAACUUGAAUUCAAAAAACGUAUGCUCAGGAUCACACCCUAAAAUCAAAACCCACCUAUCUAUAUAAAACUAGGCUGCCUUUUCUCCGUUCUAAAUAGCUGGCUGGGUUCUGAGCCAUCAUUAACUUAUGGAACCUAUUACAAUGAUUUCUAGCCUACCCUUCAUGAUACAAAUCCUUCUAAGACCACUAGGAAUCACAAUGUUUUUUAAACUUGGGUGACCUAGGGUCAUAAUUUCAUCCUUUAAUAGCGGUGGGUUUUAUACAUGCAGGAACACACACACAUCACUAGGCCAGUUUUGUGUCCCGUUUAAGGUUUUACACUUAAAACAAAAGCAGCAAUUCCUCUCUCUUUGGUUCUCCCAAGGUGGCUAUUCAGAAAAGGUGAAAGAAGAUGUAGAAAAAUCCCUGGGGAUCUCCAGUUUGGAAAUAGACACUUAUAUGAGGUAAUAGCCCCAACUUCUAGAUUGCAACAGCAUUUCUGGAAGCGAUAUUAUGGGGAGUGGGGAAUGUGCAAGCCCCUUUCGCUUUCAGGCCCCAGGGGUAUCAGGCCCAAUGGGUUAGGGACAAAGUUUACUCUUGCCCAAUUCUCCUCUUGAACAGUGACAUCUCAGGGACUUUCCCGGGAAGUGAAAUUCUCUCGCUGGUGACCCAAAUUACAUUCUACCUCAAGCCCUCAGUGGAUGAACUUCUGGAAAACAACAGGUGAGGAACAAAGAGGAGGAGCUGACACUCCGUCACGUAGAGCUAUAAUUGAUCUUAUUGCCACAUAAAAUGUGUUAUCUUUUUACUGUGUAUUGACUUAAGGGCUUAAAGUUAUUUUUCCUUGCAUAAGCAAGAACGGGGGGGGGGGGGGAUUCCACCAUAUCAUUUUAACCAUCCUAACUGCACUUGUUAUUAGAUGCUUACAUGAUGUUAAAGAGUUGCUACUCUUAUAAAUGUUAAAUCUUAAAGUUGGACCUACAGUAUGUGAUAUCUCUCAGUCUGCCCUGUAGCUUUUCAGUUCCAUUCACACCUAUUUGUUCUUUAAUUAUUUUUGUAUUAUUAAUUAUUAAAUUUGUGUACUGCCCUUCAUCUGAAUAUCACAGGGCAGUUCACAACAUAAAAAAAUAAAAAACGAGAACACAAGAUUUGGAAUAAAAAUGAAAACAAACCAAUACUCCCCCUCCCACAUAUAUUUAUGGCUUAUCACUUUUAGGUAUGUCACAGGCUGGUUCAGCCCCUACCACAGAAAGAGGAAGAAGAUCCAUCCUAUAAUGAUUCAUCACUUUCAGCCAGAUGCACUAAGGUAACUAAAAAUCUCUGAUUCCUUGCAAAGUUUGUUUUUUGAAGAUUAUCUUGGGACAGGGAUAUUAAAAGUUCAUGAUCUAAUUCUUAACCAUUGGCGUCAGAAACUUCCAUGUUGAGGAUGCCAUUUUGGACAGUGCAUUUAAGUACCUCGCUCACUCAAAUUCACAAAUGGUCAAAUAUUCAAUCGUUACUUUAUUAAAACACCAACAGCACCAAAGCAAGGAAACAGAUCUAAAACUUUAUUGUUUUCCUGCCACUCCAGCCAUUGGCUGAACUGCUGUGAAGUAAUGGACUAUUCACAAAUAUUCGAGUUACUAAGGCCAAAGGCUCGUAGCAGUACUAAAAAACCUACCACUCCCCUAGAAACUAGUGAAAAUGCUUCUUUGUUAAAUAUAUUUAAGAAUACAUGGUGGAAGGGGGAAAGUAGCAUUUCUGACUGGUUAACAAACAUCACCCCUAGCCUCAGACAGCUAUUAUAAACAUUAUGUAACCAGCAAUGAAGCCUUGCUAUAGGUAAAGAUUAGUCUCUUGUACUGUAUUGCCAUGAAUUGUGUUAAUUCUAGUUCUAGUGCAGCUUCCCCUCCAAAAAAAAAUAAUUAAGAGCUACAGGGGUAUAGCAAGAAUUCCUGAGACUAGAGAAACCUUUCAGCAGUCAUGGUGAAUAGGCUACUUCACUUUUUACCCCGCAUUCUACAAGCAGUGACUUUCUCAUCCAAUCCCUCCCCACUUUACAAAAUACAAUACAGCGGUACCUCAGGUUAAGAACUUAAUUCGUUCUGGAGGUCCGUUCUUAACCUGAAACUGUUCUUAACCUGAGGUACCACUUUAGCUAAUGGGGCCUCCCGCUGCCACCGCCACACAAUUUUUGUUCUCAUCCUGAAGCAAAGUUCUUAACCCGAGGUACUAUUUCUGGGUUAGCGGAGUCUGUAACCUGAAGCGUCUGUAAUCCGAGGUACCACUGUAGUGAAAAGAGCUAUAUUAGCAUAAACUAAUCUACGGCUAACCUAUCUACUGCUGGUAUGUUGCAUCUAGACCAUAAAAUUAACCUGAUUUUAUGAUCACAAAAGGUGCUAUGGUUUUAGCUGCUGGUGACUUUGGCUAAUUUGGCUGUAGAGAUUUUUGUAUUUGGGGGAAAAAAAUAGAAAAAUACAAUAGUAGGAUCUUAUUAUACGUGUCUCAAAUAUAUAUAUAUGUAUUCAAGUAGUUUUCCUUACUGAAUUUUACCCACUAGCUCUCUGCAGUAUUGUGAAAGGCUCCCUCUUCCCACAGGAUGUAGAAACUUUAAAUGUAGCCUUCAGUAACUUUUAACAUCUCUUAAGAAUCAACCUGAUCUUUGGUUUAGUUAGGUCUACAUCACAUGGCAAUAUAUUAAAUUCUGCUGCCAAUUUCUUCUUAGGCUCUUGACCAAGUGGACUACUGUGACCCAAGAGCUCCAAGCAGCAAUGGAAAAGACAUUCUUUAUAUCUGCUGCAGAAGAAUGGAUGGAGGAGAAUGUCCAACCCAGCCUGCAAAGACUUCAGGGAACAGUCGAUGAUCUGGACAGAGCAAUACAGGAAUUAUCCUAG